CGUCUGGUAGUUAUUAUAGUCAAGAGACAAUCAUAUGACCUUCACUUCGAAAGCAAGGCUUUUCAAGAAAGCAAACUUGUUUUACAGGAUUUUAAGGCAUUAUGUCUUGAAAAUAACCUUUCAAAUUCCCCCUUAAUGCCUCUGUUCUUCGAGUGUUAAAUGCAUACAGAUUUUACGAAGACUUUGGUGAAAAUUAACUACAUUUUGCUGUCGACGUCUUUGCAUUACCUGCGAAAUUUGUCUAUUUUUACAUGUCAAAAUUAACAAAGUUGAUAUGUUCUUGAGUUUAAAGAUUUGAAAAUAAACUAUCCUACAAAAAUACAACUUGACUAAAAAUGGAAAUGUACUUCUCAACUCAUUUUGAAGGAGUCUAUGUUCUUUUUAAAGGAUGGAAAAUUACAUCUGUAGCAGGUUUGGUUUUGUCAGUGGUGAUAGUGUUUGUAUUUGCUGUCAUUUUUGAAAUUCUAAAAGCUUAUGUGUCCGGUUGUUAUAGCAACCCCCAGUCAUGUGAGGAAGAGCAGCCUCUUAUUGCUGAUAGCGCAAUUGGUGAUACUCUGUCUCAUCCACCAAGAUUUGACCUCAAAAAUCAUUUGAUAAAAACAUUCUUUUUGACCCUCAACAUAGUUUAUGGAUAUAUACUGAUGCUUGUUGCUAUGACCUUUAAUGUAUGGCUAUUUUUAGCCCUUGUCAUUGGCUAUGGCUUUGGCUACUGGUUUUCACAGCCACAUUUUGAGCCAACUCCUGUUCAAAGAAGAAACAAGACAAGUUCCUAUGGAGCAGUCAGGGAUAAUCAUGUUUCUAUGUGAAGAAUAGAAUGUGCUGAGAACUUAUGUGGAAACUUGGAAGAUAGAGCCUUUUGUUUUGGGAAGGUCUUUUCCUUGACCUUCAUUCUGCCGAGAACCAUCAUUUUGUACAAUUUUAACAUAUAAUUUUAUAUACUCGGGUUACGUCUUACGAUAAUAUUCUAAUGUUGAUAUAUAAAUAAUCCUAAAGCCUCACUUUGGCUAUGUAAAUUAGAAAACAAAAGUUGUCUAUCUUAUCACAACCUCUUUCUUUCUGCACAAACAAAAGGGUUCUCUGUUUCAACACUGACGAAAGAAGACUAAAAGUCCUGCUAAAAUACACACAAGUCCCUUAAGUCAACUGAUCGAUCAUCGACGUAUAACCAAAUCUUCCUUCGAAAACUGGAAUCAGCAAAAAAUAUCCUUUUUGCUUCUGUAACUUGCAAGUUACGAUCUUUAAAAAUUUUCCCAUUAAAGUAAGAUUCUCCGAUGA